AUGUUGCCACCCACCACUGGCGCCCAGCUCCAGCGCGGCUACCAUGGCAGCUACAGCCGCCUGAUCAUUCGCACCUUCCUUCGACCAUCACCAUCGCCUGCAGACUUCGCCAAGCAAACGCUGUCUGUUGGAGUUCAAGGUGAUCAAAGAACACAUUCUCAUGUUGUUGCAUUGAGAGCUGUCACAAGUCAAGAUGGGAUGACUGCUGACUGGUACAAUUUUGAACACAAUUUCCUUGAUGUUGUUGCAAGAAAGAUAUGCAAUAGUGUACGUGGUGUAAAUCGAGUUGUUCAAGAUAUUACUUCCAAGCCUCCAUCAACAAUUGAAUGGGAAUAAUAUCAUGUGAUAUGCAGCGUGGUUGAUAAAGUUUGGAAAAAUCUUGCGGCUUUCUGC